AUGGCCAACGUUUUUGAUUGUAUGUAUUACUGUGCUGAGCUCACUCGGCGCACGCGCACAGCUUUCGGCUCGAGCGCUUUCGGGCACCUGAGGCCAGGAGGGCAGCGUCAGGUCCAUUUAUCUGAGCUGGGCCAUAUUGAGGACGAUUUCAAUUCCUGAGUCUAGAUUCGAUUCUGUGGUCCAAGCAUUCCUAUGUCAGAAUCGGAGCUGCAACCGUUGUCCAGUCCAAAUUGAAAACAGACGACAACUACGCUCAGAGAAUUGGAACUCCGAAGCCUUUCCAGCACUUGGUCCAGCUCUAUGUGAUCUGCUCGUUCGUCGCUUCGUAAAUGGCUGCAGGAGACAACAACCUAUGCCUCACCUCCAACCACCAACUCGCCCUUCGUCCCACCUCGCUUUCCUCUCUCUUCUCAAGAAUGCCGUCUUCUCCCCUUCCUUCAUCCGCCUCACGAAAUCAGCCGUCUCCUUGUCAGUAGCUGUAUCAUCUUCU